CACUGGCAACACCAUCUGUUUUGCCGUCGACCGAGUUGAAACUGCUAUCAAAAAUAUAAUUUUCAGAAUUUAGCAGUAGAAGGCAACAAAUUUCGUUAAUAAAAUGGCAGAUCCAGAAUUAGAACAAAUCAGACAACAGCGUUUAGCUCAGUUACAAGCUCAACAUGGGGGAACAGGCGAUCCGAGCCAGGCUAAGCAGCAGGAGGAGAGAAUGCAAGCUAUGGAAGAAGCAAAACACACGAUUCUUACACAAGCGCUUAGUCAAGAUGCCCGGGCCAGAUUGAACACAAUUAAACUAAGCAGACCAGAGAAAGGUGAGAUGGUGGAAAACAUGAUCUGUAGAAUGGCUCAAAUGGGACAAGUACGCACCAAGAUAUCCGAGCAAGAACUGAUCCAACUCCUUGAGUCAGUCAACCAGCAGAUGGGGAAAUCAGCUAGUACUGUUAAAUUUGACAGGAGGCGGGCAGCACUUGAUUCAGAUGAUGAUUUGUAGCAGAUUUGGCCUCGCUUAGUUAUGUUUGUUUAGGUAGUUUAAAACAAUGUAAACAAAUAAAAUCAUCUUCAACUUGUAGUCUUAAGCAUGAGUUCAAUAAUAAAAAUUGGUAAAUAGUUUUAUCAUCCCGUAGAAAAUUUGCGCACUUUACUACUGAUGAACAGAGAUAGUUGGCCUGUUUACAGCAAAAAUAAUUGUUCUUGAUUCAUGGUGAGGUCAGAAAGAGUUGGUUUUGUUUGUUUACAUUAUUUUAACUGAGCAGGCUAUAAAACUUUUGAUUAUUUUAAUCACAUAUUACAAUAAUUAAUAUUGCCUUAAGUCUUGACAGAAGGAUUAAUAAAAUAGUACAAUAGAUUUUAUACAGCAAAGCUAUAUUCAUAUUAUCAAAUCUAGCAGUAGAUGUACUACCUUGAUAUUUGUAUAUUUUUUACAGUGGGUAUAUCAUGUAUUUAAGCCAUUAAACAAAAACAUUGUAUCAUGUAUGCUUCUACACCACACAAACAUGGUUCAUAAAGCUGCAUCACACACUUUAGGUGAUGCAUUCUAAGAGGUAUAAAAAUACAUUGUUAAGCCUUUCAUUUUUAGUAGUCAUCUCAUCUAAAACAACUAUGCUUUUAAAUUAUAUUUUUCCUACUGAAUCUAUCAAACUUACAUACACAAAACCCAUACAUUAUAGUAGGUGAUACUUGAGGAACUAAAUUAAUAAAACUAGUUGCAUAACCAUUUUGCUAUAAGUAUUUUUACCAUGUGCCGCUAACAUAUAUGCUAACGUUCAUGUACCAAUUAUCUUAUUAAUUUUUAUGCAUCUCGCUCAUAAUGACAUGCUGGUCGGAUUGAGAUCAGAAAGGAAAUUAUGUAACUAGUGGUAAGGCUAUACGAAAUUACAAACAGUCUUAACAAGAAAUUGUAUAAUUUAAAAUGUGGCAACACUGUACUGUUUUCCUUGAAAAUUGGAGGACACUACAUUGUUGAAACAUUAAUUUAUACGAUUUCUUGCGAGUGUAUUUUGCAGUCACAACAUUUUUAGUUAAAUUUUGUUUGGAUUCCUGUUAAAAAUUAUUGUAAAGAAAAUUCGCUUUAAUUCUUCGUUUAACUGUUUUUAUUUAAUAAUAAAAGAUCUUAAUUGUAAAUUA